AUAUAGCAUGGAAUUUGGGAUUUUUGUUAAAGAAGGGUAUCAUUCUAGGCAUGCUGUCCUUUAUGAUGCCAAAAGUUGGUCAGACCAUAAGAGGCGUCAAUUAGCUGAUAGAUUAUCUCGACAAGAAUUAGCUGAAAAACAAUUACAGCAAGAGUUAGCUGAAAGACAGAAAUGUGUCCUUUUAAAUAUUCAAAGACAGAAGGGAUUUCAUCAGAUCGUGAACAAUGGCCGAAAGAUGCAUCCACUAUAUCUUCCACAGAUUGAUAGAUCAAAAGAG